AAACAAGCCCCCUACAUUGCUGGAUUCAGAGAAUUGUCCUUUUUGUCAUUACAUUUGUAAACUAGUUUACGGUUUUGCACCCAUGAAACGUAAAACCGACCCUUUGGUUUUGCACCAGGGGAUUGUGGGUAUUGAGGUUUGAGGGUGUCACGUUUUGGAUCCAGCAUGGCAGCGAAACAGAAAAGGAAAUUAGAAGACCUCAGUGUGGAGGAGUUCCUGCUUUCAGGUUUUGACUCUGCAGGAGAAGGUGACUCUGAAGACUUUCAAAAACAGAAUGGACUCCAAAAAAAGAACAAGAAGAAAGAUCUGAAAUCUGCAGCCUUGACUACAGAUGAUGGGAAGAAAGGUAAGGCCACUGAGCACAAGGAGCAGCUGUCCAGGUUAAAGAACAAAGAUCCAGAGUUCUACAAGUUUCUGCAAGCAAAUGACCAGACGCUCCUAAACUUUGACGACACAGACACCUCUGAGGAUGAGGAUGAGAAAAAGUAUCACAGAUUGCCGUCCGCACUGGAGGAGGCCGGCUCUGGUGGUGAUGAUGAUGAUGAUGAUGAAGAUGAUGACAUGGGUCAGAAAGCUUCGAUGAAAUCCAAGAAGGCAGUGGAGACUGUCAAAGUCACUGACAAAAUGAUUGAAGACUGGAAAGCUGCUAUGAAGAAAGAACCAACACCCCGUCUCUUCAGAGAAGUCACCCAGGCCUUUAAGGCUGCUGUGGCUACAACCAAGGGCGAAGGAGGAGCUCAGUGUCGAUACAAAGUGGCUGACAGUUCAGUGUUCAACGCCUUGGUCCUGUUCUGUAUCAGAGAUAUUUAUGUGGCCCUGCAGAGGAUGCUCAACCUGAAGCCAGAUAAAGACCAGAAAAAGCUAGUGCUCCCAUCAUCUAGUCCAAAGUGGCAGAAGAAUCAGAUUGACGUCAAGAUGUAUCUCAGUGGAGUAGUACAGCUUUUGUCCUGUCUGACGGAGUCUACAGUCAUCAGCGCUGUCCUACGGCACGCCAACCAGCUCGCACCUUAUUACCUUUGUCUACCCAAACAGUGUCGUCACCUAGUUAAGCAACUGAUGAAGCAAUGGAGUACAGGUGAGGAGACUAGUCGGGUUCUCGCCUUCCUGGCACUCAACAAAAUCUGCAGACACAAGCAGGAAACAUAUCUUAACCCUAUUCUCAAGCAAAUGUACAUUUCCUACGUACAAAACUGUAAGUUCACAUCUCCCAAUGUGCUGCCCAUGAUCAACUUCAUGCAGCGAACUCUGACAGAGAUGUACUCCCUGGAUACACAAGCCACUUACCAGCACGGCUUCAUCUACAUCCGACAGCUGGCCAUCCACCUCAGGAAUGCCAUGACUAUGAAGAAAAAGGAAACGUACCAGUCGGUGUAUAACUGGCAGUAUAUCCACUGUCUGUAUCUCUGGUGUCGGGUUCUCAGCUCCCUGCACCCCAGUGAUGUGCUCCAGCCUCUCAUAUAUCCACUCUGCCAAGUCAUAAUUGGCACCAUUAAACUAGUGCCCACAUCAAGAUACUACCCUCUGAGGAUGCACUGUUGCAGAGCCCUCACCCUGUUGUCCAGCAGCACCAACACAUUUGUUCCGGUGUUGCCAUUCCUCUUGGAGAUCCUCCAACAGGUGGACUUCAACAAGAAACCAGGGCGAAUGAGCAAGAAACCCAUCAAUUUUGCAGUCAUCCUGAAGCUUAGCAAGGUCAACCUAAUGGAGAAAGCAUACAAGGACGGGUUGAUUGACCAGCUGUAUGACCUGAUACUGGAAUACUUUCACACACAGGCCAGCUCCAUCGGCUUCCCGGAGCUUUCCUUGCCCACCGUCAUUCAGCUGAAAACGUUCCUGAAAGAAUGCAAAGUGGCCAAUUACUGCAAGCCGGUGCGCCAGCUGCUGGAAAAGGUACAGGAGAACAGCAGCCACAUCACAGGACGGAGACAGAAGGCCACCUUCGGAGUGGCCGAUGCCACCGCUGUGGCGGCUUGGGAGAAGCAGAUCAAGGAGGAGGGGACUCCCCUCAGCAGGUACUACAGCCAAUGGAAAAAGCUGAGGGAAAAGGAAAUCCAGCUGGAGAUCUCUGGAAAAGACAGGAUGGAGGAUCUGGAGCUCCCUGAGAUCAAACGUAGGAAGAUUCAGGAGAAGAAGGUGGAGGACAAGAAGGAGUUCAAGGAUCUGUUUGAGUCCGACAGCGAAUCAGACGGCGAUGACGGAGAACUCAAAAUCAAAGGGAAAAAGGGCCACCUUGGGUCAGAUGAUGACAAGGAUGAUGAUGAUCUUGAAGAUCUGUCUGACAUGAGUGAUGACGAUGGGAUGGAGUGCGAAGACUCAGAUGAUGAAGAUGGGGAUGAAAAGGCCUCUAAGGCUCCUCAGCCGCUGUCCUCCUCUGCCCUGAUAAAACUGGCAGAAGGAGAUGAGGAUCUUGUGGAGGACCUGGAGCUGUCUGAUGAAGACUGAGGUUCAUGGAUGCACACACUCAAGUUUACCUGAGAGACUUUUAUGCUCUCUGCCUUAUUAACCACCUAUGUUUUGAAUAAUAUUGGCCUUUUUGCUAUUUUCUUUACUUUUGAACGUUUUACUUACUUCAGCUGUACAGUACAAGAAUGUUUAUGAUGUAAUUUUAUUAAGCAUUGAAAUUGUAUUAAAAAAAAGUUAAAGAGC